GCUCGAAGCACGAGCGUGAGUCUUCUUCGACGACGGAAGGGAAGGGCCCUGGCCCUGGGGAGCCUGUGCACACUGACAGGGUCUGAAGCAGUGAAGGGUCGCCAGCUCGUCGCAUUGGUGUUGGCGUUUGCGUUGGCAGCAUUGAAAGCCUGCAGCAGCAGGGCCGGGAGAAGCAAAUGUUUGCUGUCUAAACUUCUGAAGAAGUUUUGCCUAAGUUCUCCCCGUUGGAAGCCUGCGGUGGUUGUUAUAUUACGGUGGCUAAGUUUUGCGGUUCGUGGGGUUCCAACGUGGAAGCCUUCGAGCGAGCCUCGUGCAAAUCUAAGGGAUGACAAUGGUAGAGGGUGGCUUUCCAGAUGGAAAGCAGCACAUGUUUAGGUUAUAGUUACCCUUGGAAAGUAGACCUCAAACAUUUGUCACAGGCAGGAAGGUCGUGUUUGAGGAUGGAGCUUCUUUUUGCCACCAUUUGCCUCGUCAUUGGCUUUGUUGUCGGCAGGAUCUGGGAGAAAACAAGGAGGGCACCCAAGCUAAAGGGAGAAGCGGGCUCAGAUUCUUCUAGGGCAACAGCUUUCGAGACCGAGUGUGACGUUACAGAUUUGCAGAAGCUAAACGCAAAGCCCAACCAGAAAAGCUCUGACGUUGAGAAGCUGAAAGAUGGUUGUGUGGAGAACAAGGACUUGCCAACAGAACUAGAUGAGGGGGAGCAUUUCCGGGUGGUCGGGAAGGAUGAAGCUUCAGCAUUGCUAGAAAGUCAUCCAGAUAGUUCAGCAGACUCAGCAGCACAAGCGCUUGAGGUUGAAGGGUCCGCUGUUGAGAACGUGAGAGAAGCGGCCCUUCUCACGUCAUCGCUGACGUCAGCGUGCUCUAAGGAUGGCAGCUCGGCAUUGCUCCGAGCCUUAGAGAGCCUGUUGGAACGGGUUAAGCAGCCUGGUCUGUUUUGGGUCAGCGAAACCGGGGACGCACUGACCCGGCAGUACUCAAGUCCUGGCUGGAGGAAGCUGAUGGGUUGCGAUGGGGAUGAGCACAGGCGGUGGCUGACAGAGGUACAUGGCAAUGAUGUGGAGGAGUGCAAAAAGGUAUACCAGAAAGCUCACGAGGAAAAAGAGAGCUUUACGCAUUACUACCGGUACAAGCUGUCCGGCGCGGAUCCAGACCUGCCGGCUUCUUACCGGUGGUACGUCGAGCAGGGAAGCCCCCUCUUUGGAUGCAAUGGGGAGUACCUCGGACUGCUGGCCUGGGCGAUUGACAUCCAUGAAGUCAAAUCGAUGCAGGUCGACUUUGAGCGGUUCAACCAGAUGCCGGGGGACAUGAUCGUCAAGAUCGACUACGAGGGGCACAUCAAGAAGAUGAACCCCACGAUGCGCAAGAUCUUUGAAAUGACGGAAGAGGAGAUGAGUUCGAGGGAGUUCUUCACGUUCCUACACCCGGACGAUGUGGAGCGCACCCAGGUGUUCUGGCAAAUGCUGCUCGACAAUCUUCCUAUUGACAACUGUGAGAACAGGUACCGAAAAGGGGACGGCUCCUACUUCUGGGUUGGCUGGACGGCAAUCCCGUUGCCGCAGGACAAGACUGUGUACGCAAUCGGCAGAGAUAUUUCAAAGCAGAAGGAGACGGAACAGGCGCUCAAAGAAUCGGAGGCGGCCCUGCUGGCGUACCGGAAGGAGUUCCAACAGAUUGCGGACCUGUCGCCGGCGAUCGUUUUCAAGCGCCAGGUUCUGGCGGACGGAAGGGAGACGUUCCCGUUCAUCAGCAAAGCCGUGGAGCAGUUGGCCGGGAUCACCGUAGAGGAGAUUCAGGCGGAUCCGGCGCAAGCCUGGGUGAAUGUCGCACCAGAGGACCAGCUUCGCAUGAAGGCUGCGUUUGACCAGAGCGAACAGACGCUCGAGUCCGCCCACGUGGACUUUCAGACCACGCACGCCCAGACAGGGAAGAAGCUGUACAUGCGGGUCCACGUGGUUCCUCAGCCGGCGGCAGAGGACGGCUCCAGAUCAAUGUAUGGCGUCGUCAAUUCGAUCACGGACCUGCUUGAGUCGGAGAUUGAGUUGCGGAAAGCGCGGGACGCGGCUGAGGAAGCGAAGAAAGAGGCGGAGGCCGCGGCCAACGCAAAGAGCUUCUUCCUGGCCAACAUGAGCCACGAGAUCCGAACGCCGUUGAACGCCGUCAUUGGGAUGGGCGGCCUUUUGCUGGACACGAAACUGGACGAGGAGCAGCACGACUACGCGACGACGAUCAAGAGCAGCUCCGAGGCGCUGCUCUGCAUCAUCAACGACAUUUUGGACUACUCCAAGAUUGAUGCGGGCAAGAUGGAGUUAACACUGGAGCAGUUUAACCUGCGGCGCACGCUCGAGGACUCCAUCGACCUGAUCGCGCCGCUUGCCGCCGACAAGGGACUCGAGCUGGCGUACUCUUUGAGCCCCGACGUCCCUGAGUUGGUGAUUGGGGACAUGCAACGAGUCCGACAAGUGCUGAUGAAUCUGCUCAGCAAUGCAGUCAAAUUUACGGAUGCGGGAGAGGUCUUUGUCUUUGUGGACAAGCGGCCCAACGUCGAGGGUUUGCAAGCGGGGGAGAUCGAACUGACAUUCAAGGUACAAGAUACAGGUAUUGGCAUUCCGCCUGACCGCAAAACGGCCCUCUUCCGGCCCUUCUCACAACUCGACGACGCGAAAAACCGGCGGUGGGGGGGAACUGGUUUGGGGCUUGCAAUCUGCGCCCAACUGGUGAAGCUCCUGGGAGGGACGAUUGGAGUCGACAGCAACAGAGCGAACGGGGGAAAGGGCUCGGAGUUUCACUUCAGUAUACGUGCACAAACUUGUCCCCAGCCCCCUCGGGUCCCUCUGAUGUCUUCCCUCGACCACUCCCGCGCCUCCGAGUCCCCCGGCCAAGGCUCCCGGUGGGCCGCCUUGAUCGUAUACAGCAACCCGACCGCUCGGCGCAUUCUGUCGGCGCAGCUCCACCAGUGGGGAAUGCGGGCGACAGCUGUCAGCAGCGCGGUCGAAGCGGUGGAUCUGAUCCGCGAGGGCACGCACCAGUUCAACAUCGCGUUGCUGGACCAUCGACUACAAGGUACGAACGGGCUGGCGUGCGCCCAGUUGAUCCAGAGGGAGCAGCGCGCCUCGCACCUGCCGCUCGUCCUGCUGACGUCGAUCGGGAGGCGGCCGACGUCAGAGAGCAUGGGCAUGACCGCGACGGACACUCACUUUGUGGCGUGCAUCAGCAAGCCGGUGAAAGCGCAGCAGCUGCGUGACGUCAUCGUCAAAGUGUGCGGAGCAAAGGGAAACGGGGCGAGCGGCAAACUGGGCCAUAUAACGCGCACGCCCAGCAUGUCUGCGAAAACGUACCCACUGAAACUACUGGUAGCGGAGGACAAUUCGGUGAACGUGAAGGUCGUGCUGAGGCUGCUCAGCCGGUUAGGGUACACGGCGGAUGUCGCGACAAACGGGAAGGAGGCGCUCGAGAUGGCGCAGCGCACAGCGUAUGACGUCAUCCUGUGCGACGUCCACAUGCCGGAGAUGGACGGCUUGGAGGCCGCGGCGCGCAUCAAGCAGACGUGCCGGCCGGCACCCACGAUCGUGGCGGUAACGGCCGCGGCGUUGCAGGAGGAGCGGCAACAAUGCCUUAAUGCGGGCAUGGACUUGUACAUAUCGAAACCAAUUCAGGCGGAGGCAUUGGCGAAGGCGUUGGUCACAGGGUGGGAGAUCCAACACAAACAGUCGAAGGCAGUUGCGCAGUGACGUAAGCAGAGGUACAAUCGAACCCGCACGCAGUACUCACGUUCAGUUGACAGUUGCGCGCUAGUCAAAUAUGAGUAGCCUGACCUUUUGAGUUGCUGGCUCUGACAGAAGUAAUUUGCAAGUUCAGCCGCAUGUCUGGCGCUACUGAAUCCCAAUAAACGAAUGAUGUUAAUCUGGAGCAAGUUGACUUGUUCGGAUUUGGCCGUGCAUCUUCAUGUAGGUCGCGAGCCGCCGAGCCAUGCGGCGCUAGAUCCGACUUAGCUUCAUUCACGUGUAAUCAUUUGUAGAAAACCCUGAGGAGUAUUGAACAACAUCCUCUGUUUGAGUCAAAAGUACUUAGUAGGAUCCUCAGCUAGCCUCUAGUAAACAUGAGUUGCAGAUUGAGUCUUGCAGGGCCCUCUGCGUGACGAAGCUUGACACUUUGGGUUGUGGGUCAAGAUAAGUUUCUAAAGGUUCCACAUGCAAGCGCAUGUCACAUCCUUUGCCUUCAAGGUCCUUAUUUAAGCGGACCACGUAAAGUCUAGUACGUAGCGCAAUUCUGCGGAUGGGAGGUACGCUUGACAUGUCCCUAGCUUUCAAUGCAAAACCUGAGUAGUAUACAAGGUACAGAUUAGCUACACCCCACCACGCCUAUAGUGGAUCGUAAAUCCCGGUGCCAGCGUAUGGCCCCCUCACUUGCAUAAACUUCACCG